UAUCGCAUGUAUUGUUGAUCACAUGCGACGAUUCUGCCGUAGAUUUUACUACCAUCUUCGCCGAGUCCAUCUUUUGACAGUACUGAGCUAUCGGAUAUCAGUAGCGUCCCAUCACCGUGUAUGCUUUACCACGCAACUCGUUCCUCAUCGGUAAAGGCAUUCAUGCGGAACGAACCUGGGGCGUUGUGUCUUUACUAGUCUAACAGCGUGGUUCUAGUUCUGUAUAGAUGGACUCAAAUUAUUUACUAUUUCAAUAGAACACCGACUUCAAAUAUGGCCCAUUUUUUGCUGGAUACAGCGGGAUGGCCCGAGCUGACUCUGAAGAGACUGUCACUACGUUCGAGACAAAUGCUGAGGAUUGCGUUAACGAGGAACAGCAAAGCUCCCAAAGCACUGUCUCCCGACCUAUCUACUGGGAUCGUGGUCUUCCAGAACCAACUUGUUCAACUUGUUCCCAGUCUUCAAGCCAACGUCCUCGAUCCAAACGAAACAAGCCGCUCCUUAUGGUACAGCUUUUACGAGCUCGAGAGAACAAAGACUUCCACCGUCUUAUUCACACGAAGACCUCGCAUAAGCCCGGAGAAUUCGAGCUGUGACUUGCAAUACCUUGAGGGAAAUCGCUUUUUGUUUCGCACUCCCUCGAUUGCAUAUCCUUCCGAGCCUAGAAAAUGGGAAUUAGUACGUAUCAUUAAUCCCUCUCGCUCUGAGUACUCAUUACGACGACAUUAGGAGCGUCCAAGGUCUUAUACCGAUUGCUUUGCGGCUGCAUGAUCGAUGACAAUGAUAGAUGUCUUCGAGAGGUAGGUCGGUUGGCAAACAAAGAUAGAUGGCUUACAGAGGUAGGUCGGUUGGCAAACAAA